CCUUGGUGCUGUGUGCGUCUUACACGGUGUCUCUACGCUCUCUACCCCGUGUGUGUGUGUGUGCAUGUGUGCGCGUGUGCGUGUACGCGUGUGUGGGGGGAGGGUGAUUCAUGUGAGUACGUUCAGGCUUGUGUUGACCAGGUUGGAUAAUGCGUUUCCCUUGAAAAAUCAGCAUUAGUACACAUCAUUCCCCAAGGGGAAACCAGAACCGGUUGUGUUUUCUAAAUCCACGUAAGAUAUGAUCCAGAGACGGUCAUAAGGAUACCCACAGGUUUUGUCAAUAAAAACCUUUUAUUUCUUCGACAUCAACACGGGUUGCGCGAGGAUGCUUUCCAGUCUACUACUACAUAUUACCACCUUCCUCACCUCAAUUGGUCUAGGGGAAUGGUUUGGAGUGGAGAGCAGCGUCAGUGGUCCGACCAUCGCUCGGGGCAGCACCCUACAAGCCAGUCCCAGCCCUCAGGUCCUCCUCCUCUCCAACGAGAUCGACUCCUGGAUGGCUCAGGCGUAUGUCUUCAAGGAGGAAGUAGAUUACAGUCUUGGGCUGUCAGUUAGUGAUUUGAAAACAGCUCCCAAAAAUUCCAAGGAGGAAGUAGAUUACAGUCUUGGGCUGUCAGUUAGUGAUUUGAAAACAGCUCCCAAAAAUUCCAAGGAGGAAGUAGAUUACAGUCUUGGGCUAAUAUACAUACCAGAUGAGAAUCAUCAGCAGUCCAGCUUGCAAGAGCUGAGUAGGAGUCUUGACUCGUUGGCUGGUUGUUUCACACUCUUUCCACUCUACAGCGAGGUGGAGACAGGUCCUAUUAAGAACCCUGGUGACAGGGCAGGCAAAUGGGGAGACUACCGCAACUGUGAUUCCCCAAAAUGGUUGUUGCAACACAUGCUGCAACAUAUUGUCGCCAACCAUCCGGAUAUCGAUUAUGUGCUUUGUACGGGUGACUUGGUUCCUCAUCACAUAUGGAAGAUCAGUCGCCAGGACAAUGUUGCUGUUAUGCGCCAGAUGACUAACAUCUUGAAGGGCUUCUUCCCAAACAUCCCAAUCUAUGCUGCUAUUGGUAACCAUGAGAGUUUCCCUCGGGACAGCUUUCCGCCACCAGAGGUCCCUGAAGUGUGGGAAAAGUUUGGCAUCCAGUGGCUGUAUGACACUAUAGCCGACCAGUGGGAGAAGUUGGUGAAGGGACCAGCACCCAGUAGCAUACGUUUUGGUGGCUAUUAUUCAGUCUUGAUUCGUCCUGGUCUUAGACUAAUAUCCAUCAACACCAAUUACUGUUACAGGUUUAACUGGUGGCUGUUAUACAAGUCUGUGGACCCAGGGCUGGUGCUACGCUGGCUGGUGUCGGAACUUCACGAUGCAGAGAAGAGAGGCGAAUUGGUGCAUAUCAUUGGUCACGUACCACCAUACUAUACUGACUGCUAUUCCCAGUGGGCACACCAGUUCUCCAGAAUAGUCACUAGAUAUUCUCACAUCAUUAGAGGUCAGUUCUACGGACAUUCUCACAUGGACGAGUUUAGACUACACUAUGAUGUCAACUCUCCCCAGAAGCCUAUUGGUGUCCAGUAUAUUACUCCAAACAAUGGUCCCUUCAACAAUCUCAAUCCUUCAUUUAGACUUUUCUACAUAGAUGGGGACUAUCCAGAGACAACAAGGAAAGUAUUGGAUUAUGAGACUUGGGUAAUGAAUCUGACUCAUGCCAACAAGUUUGAUGCCCCCCACUGGUACCAGCUGUACUCUGCACGACGGGACCUCCAACUCCCCACACUGGACCCAUAUGAUUGGGAUCAACUUGUGCAGAGAAUGGCACAGGAUCCAGAACUCUUCAGCAAGUACCGCAGGUACCAAGUUCAGGAUAGUGAUAUGUAUGCCAAGCGUUCUUGUGGUGAGAAAUGUCGACGCAAGGUGCUCUGUACCAUUGUUGAUGGGGACAAACUCAUGCCACCCAAAUGUCAUCCACAUGAUUGAUUCUCAAGUACUUGAAGUGAUCUGGAUUUAAACAUGUUUGCAGAAGAAAGUUGGUAAUGGAUUGAAAAUAAGGGUUUAGGAAAUCACAGAAAAAAUAAUUGUCUCCCUGGAUGCAGUACAUAUCAGGUGAGAUUUGUCUCAGGAAUGGAGAGAUUAGGAGCCACCUUAAACUAGUGUUUGUAAACAUCUAGUCUUCAAGGGGCUUAGAAAUUCUCUUCUACGAAAGUGCCUUAAUUCCUUGGUGAUUAUCACAGUACAGUAUUUACUAUUGGCAGUGUGCUGCUCUCUCAAAGAUAGAUUGACCUAUGGGAUUUCUCAAAAAUUCAGUUGCCCUAAAGUUUAUUAGGAAAUGGCUGUAGCUGCUGCUUGUCAUUUGGUAGAAGACUUGGCUCAAAUAACAUUUGCUUUAUUGCCAUUAACAUGGUGUAAAACGUGUACAAAUACUCAGUGAAACAAGUUGUUCUUCAGUUUGUGGUACAUACUUGAUAUGGCCUCUUGUGGGGACUCCUGCCAUGAAAUAUUUUUCAAUAAUGGAUUAAUAAUCUUUAGUACACCAAGAUUCUUGAAUAGUGCAUGUCACAUGAAACUGCUUUUAACUGUGCAUCUUACAGCAAAACAUAAAAGUAGUAAUUGGAUACUUUUAGUAAACAUUUUGCCUGCACAGGUGAAUGUCUAAAUAGUUUCCAGUUACUACUGUCUCAACUACAACUUGUUGGUAUUCCUGUACCAUCGUUUAUCGCAGCUUUCAAUAAGUUGAGAUAUUACUGUAUGUAAGUUUAAAAUCAAAACAUUAUUACCAUUUUUUAAACUAUAUUGGCUUUCUUCCUAAGGUGGGGUGACCCCCCCCCUCCAAAAAAAAAAAAGUUAAGUAUUGCAACUGCAACCUCCAUGUUGCUGUAAAAUACUAAAUGUACAUGUGAUUAUGCAUUCAUACUCCUGCAAAAUGUAUAAAUGUACUAAAAGCUGACAGGUUAAUCUGAUUCAAAAUUAGGGUUUAUCAAUGUACAGUACUAAUAAUGUUGAAAAAGUUACAGCAGGCAUUAAUUGCUUUUUUAUCAUGCUUCUUAGUGUUGCUCAGUACUGUAUAAAUGUUGGGAAAAAUCUCGAUACUACUUUCCCUCAAGCAAAAUCCUGCCUUAGCUGCAUUAUUGCAUUUAAAAUGUUAACUUUACAACUUGGAAAUAUUGAAUAGUGUGCUGGUUUCCCAUGGGUUGACUGUUGUUGAAAGAACAAAUACAGAUAUUAUAUUGUAUAGUAAUUCUGUAAAUGAUUAUUUGACCACACUCAUACUGCAGCAGAAUGUAAUUGAAUAUUCAUUCAUCAGCCAUUUGCCAGCAUUAUCUUUCCUUAAGAUUUCUUUUAAUCUUUUACAAAGUGGUACUGUACUGUAAUUGCUUGUUUGUGCAAUAUUUAAUUUAGUACGUAAGAUUACACAGAAAAUGAGAGGUAUUGUGAAGAUUCCCACUGCUAAGGAAGGGGAGUUCUAUGGGAACAAGCUGGUUGGGUUCAUUGCUACUUGAAAAUCCUGCUUUAGUGAAAUCUAGCUCAUAUUUGCAAUAAUUUUUUCACCAAAUUGCUUACUGUUUAAUGAGUAGGCCUGUUUGCAACAAGUUUACCUAAGAUCAAGUAUACUAAUUUUAACAGUACAAGUUCCUGUGGCAAAUGCAGUAUUAUUUAAAGUCUAUAAUAGCAAAUUAGUUUCAUAAAAUUGGAAUAUCAUGCCUGCUUUUAAGUAUUCAUUAUUGACUUACAAUAGUGAUUACCAGCAUGUAGUCCAUAGACCAGUGGGGCCAGUAAGGUUUCUCCAAGGUGCUGAAGAUGUCCCAGCAAGUUUUGCUCCUCCAGCCAGUGCUUGAUUUUCGCUAUCCAUUAACAUUUAAAAUCAUAACUAAUUAUGUAAUGGGUGAGGCUUGAACCCAUGGCAAGAGAGUCCUAAAACUCUCGAGCAUGUGAGGGGUUGACAGCAUAUUCUGAUAUUGACAAGGUUCUGUUGUAGAUUUGCCAGUACUGCCAGCCUGGGUCUUUUCCAGAUGAUGACCUGGCCUUAGCUCCCAGGAAUGGGAGUGUCUUGAAGGGCAUGCCAGCUGCACAGCAGCUGGCAAUGUGAGGAAGGCUGUUGAAGCUGCACAGCAGCAGGCAGUCAAGAAGGGCCAAGAAAGCAGCAAUUUCAGGGUCCCAUGGAGCUACACCCCAGCUUUAGGUUGCGGCCUGAGUGCUGGGGACACUCGCUUGCUGAUUGGUCAAUGAAGUUAUGGCUGGCCAUGGAUAGAGCCAUUCUUGAUGGACUUGAAUUUUGUCUUGGAGAUUAUGAUCACCUGGGUCUUUCUGAUUGUGUUGUUUAUAUGCUUUUCCAUGUCUUCCAUCAGUAUUUGAUGUGUGUCAGGGUCGUCAACAUCGGUGGUAAACUUUACAGUCCCGUCUUGUAAUCGAGAGCGUAAUUCUCUGCAGUACAUUACAUUACUGUGUGGGGCACUUCUGUAGAGCAACACACCUGGCCAACUUGCAUAGCCAGGCCUACUGAAGUUUCCGUCAUCGGACUGUUCUUCAACUGGUUGUUGUUUUGGGCAAGGUGCCUGUUGAUUGGUUCUCUUGGGGUGAGAUCAUUGAUUGAUCUGUUACUGUGGUGGAGGUAGUCAGUGGUGGUGUCUCAUUGGUGGGCUUGGGAAUAGUCUUGACACCCGUAGGAGGUGGCAGUGGAGCUGCUAGGGAUGAACUUUCUGGUGGCAAGACAAUAACUCUGCUGGAGGUGAGCUUGAGUAUGUCAGUAGAAGGUGGACAAUCCAGGAAUGUGAAACUUGGGGGGGGGGGGGGGCUUUCAAAAGGUUGGGAACAUUGGUUUGGUCCUGUAAAAUUACCAAAAGAUUCUAAGACCCUAUCCUUUAUCUUUUUUUUUUUUUUUUUUUUUUUUUAUACUGUACCAUGUUUGUUGAAAACAUGUUUUAUCCCCUAAUCAUUUGUUUAGAUAUUCUGCAUGAUAAAUAUCAGAAUAAUUUCUUGGGCUCUUAUCUACAUUAUCAGUAAAUGUGGAAUGUCAAUCUGUGCAUUAUUAUAUUGUAUGUAAAGUAUCUAAACCUGGGUUAUUCAUCAAAUGUCUGCAGUUUGGAAGUCUUGAAUAAUACACUUCCCAUUUAGUAUACAUUAAAGAGGAAUCAAUGAUUUGAGGGUUGCCCAGCAGUCUUUCAUUGUUAUUCAUAACCUACAUUGUUUUCUUUUAGGUUUAAUAGUUUUCCUAACCAUCAGUAGUCAAGCCUGAAUUAAAUUUAGGGUAAUUCUGUCUAUUUAAGUAACUUGCCACCUGGUCUAGCAGCUAGAUACUGUAGAAGCUUUUCUGUCAUGUUUGUAAUGAGGCAAGAUGCUUAUGUUAUCAGUACUUGUAUACUGGUUAAAAGAAUUACAGUUCAGUAGUAUCAAGUAGUAUUACUAUUGUAUGGUAUUGCUAGACACUUUUUACUACAUUAAAGCCUCAAUUUAAGUAGUUCCUCUAUAGCUUAACCAUUUGAACUGUGAUGGAGUAUUCUGUGCCUCUACAUGGAAAAAGUAAAAACAUUUAAUAUUGCUUGUCUCAAAAAUAUAAAUACUACAUUUACCUAUAGAUCCUUAACAUGAAUUAUUCUGACCUGUGUUUUAAGAGUAUUAGUAGUAUUGAACAUGGUAUAGUACAGAACAGGUAGUAUGCAAGAAGCACUAAACCCUUAUGGGUCAAUCAGUGCUACAGGCAAAUGGGUGCUGACAUUAGGGGCAAGGAAGAUGGUAAAUUCAUGUACGAGAAGAGAAAGCUACAAUUAGUGACGACAAGGUAGCUAAGAUGAGGAAAUCAGUUCACUGUAGUUGAACUGGAAAAUGAAAUAUGUGCUUUCUGAUAAAUGGGACAGUGAGAGGAAAAGUGAAGGUUAAUGCAGGUGGUUAGUAGUCAGGAUAUGAUAGCAGUGGGAGUUUUAUUAGGAACUUACACUAGGUGGACUGAGGAGUGGUGUAUGAUCCCCAGAAUGUGGGACCCAGAGCAGAAGCUGUAGAGAAGAGAAUCAGAGAGGAAAGAUGGGCCGGAAGUAGGUAGAAUAGGGAUGUCUUUGAAUGACCAAUUUCGUAUCCUUGGAUGACACAGGGAUAUGAAAUAAUCAGCAAGCAUAAUUUUGGCAAUUGGUUAUUGCUUCUCCAUGUGAUGUGGUAGGAGCUUGUUACUGUUGCAAGUUUAAUAGUGUUGCUUGGGUAUUCACUUUAAUAAGAGUAUCAACUAUAAGCAGAUUUUGAAGCGUCCAGUUGAUGGCUAUAUGCUGCACAUUCUUUAAAUGACUACUGUUAGAUUGUGAUCUGGGAAGGACUAUUGUUUCUACAACAAAGUGAAGCGAGCAUGUUAACUGACAAUAUAUUUAGCAUCUUGGCUAAAUUGUCAGCUUGUAAAAGUAUCAUUUUGCAAGGAUAACUCUUAUCCCAUUCAGCAUGUGGAAAAUUCUGGCUAACUUAUGAUAGUCUAAAUACAGUGGACCCCCGAGUUUCGUCAGCAUCAACUUUCAUGAAAUCCGGCAAGUUUUUUCGGCAAAAUUUAGCCUCGCGGUUCUUGAUUGGACUCGUGAUUCGGCGACCGUCUGGUACCCGUCCGCCCGUCACUGCGCACACAAAGCCAGUCUUCCACACCAUUCACACUCAGUGUGCCAUUGCUUACCAGCACGUGACCGUCACCCUGCGGGUUCAUACAAUACAUGUCAUAAUAAUCCAUUGUUUUUUGUGCUUGCAACUGCUAAAUAAGUCACCAUGGGCCCAAGGAAAGCUAGUGCAAGCCCUCUGGUAAAGAAAGCAAGGAACACAAGAAGGAAAUCAAGAGAGGGAUUUUGAAGGGUUUGGGGCUGACCCUAAGGAGCCUAUGCCAGUUGUGGAAUCUAUUGUGGCAUUGGGGAAGUCCCUGGGGUUGGAAGUGAGUGGCAAGGAUGUGGAAGAGUUGGUGGAGGACCACAGGGAAGAGCUAACCACUGAAAAGCUGCAACAGCAGGAGAUCACAGCUCAGGAAAAUGCUGCAGAAGAGGAGGAAGAGAUGGAGGAAGGUGCCUUCUUCAAAGAUUAAGGACAUCUGUGCAAAGUGGACUGAAGUGCAAACAUUUAUGGAUGAACUUCACCCUAACAAAGCUGUUGCAGGCCGUAUUGGCAACAUGUGCAAUUAGUGUUGUGUCCCAUUUCAGACAAAUCUUAAACGCCAGAAAUGGAGCUCUCUGGACAUAUACUUUGUGCGACAGGGGUCCAGUGACUCAAGUUGUUCUCAGUGUCUUUAAAAAACAAAGAAGGGAAGUAACCCCAGAUAAGGACUUGGCACCUGAAGUCCUAAUGGAAGGAGAUUCUCCUUCCAAACAAUAGUGUACACAGUCCUCCUAUCCCCUCCUCCCACUCCAUCCACCCAGAAGUCUCCAGUAAAGGUAAGUGUAAUGUUAUUAUUUUAUAUAUGUAUGUACUUCAUUUCUCAUUGUUUUCAGUAUGUAAAUCUUUAUUUAAUUUGAAAAAAAUAUUUUAAUUUAAUAUUUUUGGGUGUCUGGUACGGAUUAAUUUUAUUUCCAUUAUUUCUUAUAGGGAAAAUGAUUUCGCCAUUCGGCAAUUUUGACAUUCGGCAGACUCUCUGGAACGGAUUAAUCACGAAACUCUGGGGGGGGGGGGUCCACUGUAUGUUCUUAAGCUCGCUGGGCUAAGCAUGGUAUUUCUUAGGCUCAUUGGGCUAAAGCAUAGUAUUAUUACUAUAAGUACUCAUUGGGCUAAAGCAUAGUAUUAUUACUAUAAGUAUUUCGGCAACUUAGCACAUGGAGUGGUGGAGGCUCGACCCUCUUGUCAGCUAGUUGUGGGCUGGUCUCUGACUGGUCAGGCCGUUUAUCACCUGAGCUAGAGCAAAAAAAUGUUUGUUUGCCAUAAGUAAUGUAAAGAAUGUAUAGUCUUAACAGUGCUUCUUUGAGUUAUAAAAAGGUGAUUUUUGAAAUAUCAUGAACACUAAAAUAUUUGGUUGUGUUUGUAAUGCAUAAAAUUAAGAUUAAAUUACUGCUGUUGAGAGAUGCUGGAUCCAUGGUAAAAGUGAGCAGUGGUAAGAUAUUUUAUGAAAGGGAGCUGACUGAACACCCAAACAACCUUGGGAACUGGGUGCCUCCCAGGCACCAGUUCUUUUAUUCCAACACAGUUUCUUGUGCAAGGAUUAUAUAACUGGCUACAGUCAGAGGAGACCUAGGAUAGAGGAUAAGAUCAUAAAUUGAGAUAAAAGAUAAGCAAGAUGUAGGACCUCACCCCUUCCCACCACUGCUUAAUAUCUGCAACCACAAGUGCUAUUUUUCCUGGGAACCAGCUAUGAUGCUAUGUGAUGGCAUCCACAAAAUUAACCAAACAGUUAGAAAAAAUGCCAGUUUGGAAAGCAUCCAUGGUGCAAGUGCCAUUUGGUUAAUGAGGGUCAAUCAGAAUGAAUGUGUUGGCUAUAUGCAUUCAGGUGCUGCUGGAUCUACAGGUAAUUUCUAGUAUGUAUUCCUUCAAAGUUAAUAUCUAAUAAUCCAGUAGUACUUCUGCCAUCAAAAGGUCCUGUUACUGUUAAUUCUAAGAUACAAAAGUAGACCGAAAAAAUAUGAAAUACUGAUUUACUUUACAUCGAUGAGCUACAGUUGUAUUACCAUGGUGUUAGUAGGUAUUACUCUAAUCUUGAUACUGUACUUUCCUCAUGUUUGUGAAAACAACUAGUUCAUUAUGCAUCAGGAGUUAAGUUUUGUGCCUGUUAACUAUGUAAUCUAUAAAAGAAAUUAGUAAACUUAAGUCUAGCUGCUUUCAUUAAUAGGCAUCUACUGGUUUCUAAUUGAAAACCAUAGGUCUUGUCAUGUAUGAAAUCCAUUUUUUCCUUCAUAAAUACUGUGCCCAUCUCAUUACAUUUAUCAUAUAAAGUUGCACUGAUGUGCAUUUUGUAUAGUAUUUAUUUUAAAAAUUUACUCUACAUUAAAUGUAAAUAAACUUUUAUUUCUUA